AUGACAGAUCGUCCUAAUUUCAAGAGGCGAGUAGGGAAUCCACCACCAUACAGACCAGCUCCCAAGAGGCUGAGGGCCAAUAACCGUCCCACAACACCUUUGCCUCUUAGUCCAGCUUCCAAUGCAUCUCAUAAUCGCAGUGGUCAAAACUCACGUUACGACAGCGGAGGUCAGUCGAGGUAUGAGGGCUCACGAUAUGACAAUACAAGCUCAAAGCCUUCAGAGAGGCACAAUAAUAGAGCAUCCCCAAGUCGUGGUCAUUAUAGUACAGGGCAACGUGCAGAUGAUGAGAGGAAUAGGAAUGGCUUUCUUUCAAAGUUACCGAAGGGCCCUAAAGUUGCCAUGUCACGAUACAAUGAUGGCAAGAGCUCGUCCGUUACAAAACAAGCUAUAGAGGAGAAGAAAGUACCGCCUCCCUCACUUUUGACCCAGAUAAGAGACAGUUCAGUAUAUGAAAGGAUACUGCAGGUGGGAGAGGGAACAUAUGGUAAAGUGUACAAAGCACGCAGCACAGUGACUGGUAAGAUAGUUGCUCUGAAAAGGCUCAGAUUGGAGGGUGAAAGAGAAGGAUUUCCGAUCACUUCUAUUCGUGAGAUAAAGUUAUUACAAAGCUUUGACCAUCCAAAUGUCUCCACUCUGAAUGAGAUCAUGGUCGAAUCCCAAAAGACCGUCUAUAUGAUCUUUGAGUAUGCGGAUAAUGACUUAAGUGGUCUUUUGUUGAACAAACAGAUCGACAUUGAUGCAGCACAAUGUAAACAUAUCUUUGAGCAACUAUUACGAGGAAUGGAAUAUUUGCAUGGGAACGGAAUCUUGCAUCGUGAUAUUAAAGGUUCAAACAUUCUUAUAGAUAACAAAGGUCAACUAAGAAUCACGGAUUUCGGACUGGCGAGGAAAGUGAAGGCAGAGAGUGAUUACACAAAUCGAGUGAUCACGUUGUGGUAUAGGCCUCCCGAAUUACUACUAGGUACCACCAACUAUGGGCCUGAAGUGGAUAUGUGGGGUUGCGGCUGUGUACUGGUGGAACUCUUCAACAAAGUGGCAAUUUUCCAAGGUCAAAAUGAAUUAGAACAACUGGAUUCCAUCUUCAAGAUAAUGGGUACUCCCAACACAGAUAGUUGGCCCACGAUAUUUGAUAUGCCCUGGUUCUUCAUGGUUAUGCCACAGCAAUCGCAUAAAUACCCAAACACGUUCAGAGAAAAAUUCUCUUCAAUCAUCCCAUCUGAAGCCUGUCUUCGAUUAUCAGAGGGACUGUUGUCAUACAAUAAAAACAGGAGACUCACAGCUUCACAAGCUUUACAAAGUGCAUACUUCAAAGAGCUCCCAAAGCCGGCACCUUUGGUCCUAGAAGGUUAUGAAGGCUGUCAUGAAUACGAAGUGAAGUUAGCAAGAAAACAGAAACGUGCCAAACUUCAAGAGGAGCAGGCUUCCAAGAGGGAAUCGUCUGAGAAACAAGCAUAG